AUGACAAACGCAUUCGCAUUCUCAUACCCAUCUCCAUUAGCGGGGUACGAAAACCUCGAGCCGCUAUCCGACGAGCGCGCCGAAGACGGCAAGUCAAUGAAAAAUCCCCAACAUGGCAUAUUAAGCAAAGCCUACUCGGAAUUCCCCGACCCUCUUUCCAAAGGCCGGGAAGGUGGCUUCGACGUCCACAUCUAUCAUUUCCAAAACAACCCCGACCAAGCCGCAUUCGCCAAAGCGCUCUGGGAACGAAUUAGACGAGAAUUCCCCGAACUUCGCAUCUAUAGGUUCUUCGACAGGCCGAUUGGCCCGCACCCGGUGGCCAUGUUCGAAGUGAAUUUGUUCACACCUGCGCAGUUUGGAGCUUUCGUUCCUUGGCUGGUUAUUAACCGCGGUCCGCUCAGUGCUCUCAUUCAUCCUAAUACUGUGGCAUCGGAGGAUGAGCAAAAUCACACGCAACGUGCGACUUGGCUUGGGGAUCGGAUUCCGUUGGAUUUGAGAAUUUUUAAGCUGAGGAAGGACUAG